UUGCUUACAGAAAGUUGCAAAAUGAAGUUUCUUCAAUGUCUUUUUUAUUCAUGUAUUUUUCUCUUGAUGGGUUGUCACUUGGCAAUGGCAAUAGCAAAAAAUCAUGCGUUGUAUAAAAUCCCUGGAAAGAAGUCAAGCAAAUGCGAAAUAACAGUGGAUCAGUCAGGCCAUGGCAAUUUUUCCAGCAUUCAAUCAGCUAUAAAUGCAAUUCCACCCAACAACAACCGUUGGAUUUGUAUCUCCAUCAAGGCUGGCAUAUACCGGGAGAAGGUGAAAAUUCCUUAUGACAGGCCGUACAUAAUCCUCAAAGGACAAGGCAAAAGAAGAACUCGUGUAAUUUGGGAUGAUCAUCAAUCAGUUGCAGAGAGCCCCACUUUCACUUGUGUUGCUGAUAACAUUGUCGUCAAAAAAAUGAGCUUUUUGAACUCGUAUAACAGUCCGAAUGUUGGAAAUGAGAAUCCCAGGGUGCCGGCUGUGGCGGCGAUGAUAACAGGAGACAAGAAUUCGUUCUAUCGAUGUGGAUUCUCAGGUGUUCAAGACACUUUGUGGGAUGAUCAAGGCCGCCAUUACUUUAAUCACUGCACCAUUGAGGGUGCUGUUGAUUUCAUCUUCGGCGCUGGCCAAUCCAUUUAUCAGAGUUGCGUCAUUCAUGCACUUGGAGAAGCCAUAGAGAAAGGACUUGCGGGUUAUAUAACAGCACAGGGAAGAACAAAUCCAAAUGAUGCAAACGGGUUUGUGUUCAGAAAUUGUCUGGUCUUUGGAACAGGUUCAACAUUAUUGGGAAGGCCCUGGAGAGGAUAUGCCAGGGUCAUCUUCUACAAUUCUGAAUUGACAGAAGUUGUAAAUCCAGAGGGCUGGAAUGCUUGGAAUUUUCAUGGCCAUGAGAAUCAGUUGAUGUUUGUUGAGCAUGGAUGCCAUGGAAAAGGAGCUGAUACUUCUGGUAGGGUGAAGUGGAUGAAGAAAAUGAACCUGGAGAGCAUAAGGGAACUGAAGAGCAAUAGUUUCAUUGAUAACGAAGGCUGGCUAAGCAAGCAACCCAGCUGAGGCUCUCACGUUUCGUGGCUCCAUUAAACUGACUAUUUGAGGAAGAAACCUAUAUUGGAAGAUAGUUUAUUUAUGUUAUAGAUAUUAAAAUUUAUGUGUAUGCAAAUGUGAGCACAUCUCAAAUGUACCCCUACCAAAACACUAGGGAACUUUGUAUGUCUUACAAAGUUAGGGUUCUUCGUUGAUUUUUCCAUUAAGGUGUAAAUCGAUUAUGAGACAAAUUUAGUUAAAGUAUUUAC